AUGACUCUCCCAGACGAGGAUACUCAGGUGCGAGUCGCCAGCGAAGCCGCCGAGAUCUUCGUCACCCACUACUACCAAGCCGUAAACAAGCAGAGCGCGCUUCUUCCCUUCUACAUCAACUCUUCCUCUCGGUACCCCAUCCCCGCCGAUAUUUCCAUCAACGGCGCCGUCCUCUCCGCACCCACCGACUACUCUAAACUCCUCGAGGCCCAAGGCCAAGGCGCAGUCUACGAGCUAGAAUCCUUCGAUGCGCACGUCGUCAACCCAUCCUUCGGUAUGGGCGCCCCCGAGAACGUCUACGAAGGCACCAAGGUGGAGAAGAACGGAGGUCGCAUGAGCAUCCUGGUCAACGUCAUGGGCAAGGUGCAGUACGGCAAGGGCAGGGAGGCGCCCCAAAAGAUGUUUCACGAAACGUUUGUCCUGGUGCCCAACUGGGAGGCCAUGGUCAAGAACCCGCCCAAGGGCGUCAAGAGGUGGUUGAUCAUGUCGCAGAACUUUCGCGCCUUGAUCUUUUCGACUACUGGUGCUGCGGGUGUCACGAAGACACAGGCUGUGGGCCGACAGGCUAUCAAGACGAAGGGCGUUUUGAACGAGGAUUCGACCAAGGCCAACGUGUCGAGGAAGCCCAGAAACAAUAGCUUCACCUUUUGGCGGGCCACCCCAGAACCUCCUCCAGACACCGUCUCUCAACGCUCCGAGCAGCGCUUCUUCCAGACAAACCCCAUCGAGAAGCGCCGUCAGCAAGUCGGCCUCGCCUCUCUCUCUCCCGCCGAGAAAAAGACCUUUACUCACACCAACCUCAUCCUCCCCGUCGCGAACCGCCGCGUGCCCCUGUCGAACCGCUCCGAGCGCGAGUUCUGGAAGUUUGUCACGAAAGAGGGUCUUCCCAUCCGCCGCCUUCCGCGCGACUACGCCUGGGGAAAGGACCGCUCCGGGAGGGAUAUCGGGACUUAUUCUCCUGACGAGCUUGAGCAGAGGGGGCUUAAGCACGCAAAGCUUACGAGCUUGCAGAUUCAGCAUCGGCAGUUUCUGAAGAAGAGGGAGAUUGCUGGUGGAGAGGUUUCUGAGGAAGAGGUUGCUAAGGAAAAGACGAGGAGAAAGGCGAUGGCUGCUCUCAAGAGGGAUCUCUACGGGGAGAUUACUGGUGCUCUGGCCCAGGAUCCAGAGUGGGACGACGUUAUUCCCAUUCCCCAGAACGAACCUGAGGAUGCCCUCGCUCAGAUCGCCUACCCGGAUGACUACGCCGAGGCCGUCUCGUACCUCCGUGCCGUCAUGGCUGCCGACGAGUGUUCGCCUCGCACUCUCCGUCUCACCGAGCACGUCAUCUCGAUGAACCCGGCGCACUACACCGUCUGGCUCUUCCGCUUCAAGAUCAUUUCGGUCCUCAAGCUCAGCAUCCCCGAUGAGAUCAAGUGGCUUAACGAGGUGGCCCUCUCAAACCUCAAGAACUACCAGAUCUGGAACCAUCGCCAGUUGCUCAUGGACUACUAUUACCCCCUCAUCGAAGAGGAUGAUGCGACUGUUCGCAAACUUGCUCGCUCCGAGACGCAAUUCAUCACUACUAUGCUAGCUGAGGACGCCAAGAACUACCAUGUUUGGUCGUAUAGACAGUAUCUCGUGGGUAAACUGUCAAUGUGGACCAUGAGCGAGCUCCUCUCGACGCAGAACCACAUCGAAGAGGACGUGCGCAACAACUCUGCCUGGUCGCACCGCUUCUACAUCGUCUUUUCAGACCCUACGGCUUCAACAGCCGGCUCUGGGCCUACUGAGGCAGACCCGCGUGUUCCAGCAGAGACCAUCGAUAGAGAGAUCAAGUACGCCAAGGAAAAGAUUAGUCUCGCGCCGCAGAACCAAUCACCCUGGAACUAUCUCUUUGGCGUCCUGGCCAAGGGCGCCCGGCCUUUGACGUCCGUCAAGGAGUUUGCAGAGGGCUUUGUUAGUGCAUUGGGUGAAGAUGCUGAAGAGGUGCGCAGCUCUCACGCGUUGGAUUUCCUGGCCAAGCUGUAUGAUGAGGAGGGCGACAAGGACAAGGCCGAGUUGUGCUUGCGACGGUUGGGUGAGAAGUGGGAUCCUGUACGAGAGGGAUACUGGAAGUACCGAGUGACGCUGCUAAAGAGCGGAGGCGAGAAGGCUCAGGAGUAG